AUGGCUUCUCCUGGACAAUUGCCUGCAGAUGGCACGACUGAUCAACCUGAUCAUUUGGUCGCCGAUUAUUCAUCUCAAGAUGGCACAGAUAGCGACGGUGACUCCGCUCUUGCUUUGCAUAUGCUCUUUACCUUGACUUUCGACGGUAAACUACUCAACUGUCCUGUGACUUCGCCUAGAAGAGUCCUAGAUGCAGGAACAGGCACAGGUGUUUGGGCUAUCGAUUAUGCUGAAGAUCAUCCUGAUUCACAGGUUGUCGGUAUCGACCUGAGCCCUACACAACCGGAUUUCGUCCCGCCUAAUCUCACGUUUUAUAUUGACGACAUAGAAGAUCCUUGGACAUUCAGCUACAAGUUCGAUCUUAUCUACGGCCGCAUGCUCACCGGUUCAGUCCGAGACUGGCCCAAAUUCAUCAAGCAAAGCUACGAUAACUUGGAGUCCGGCGGCUGGAUUGAACUAGCUGAUAUCCUCCUUCAACUUCGCUCUGACGACAAUACGAUCCCCGAAGGAUGUGCGUCUGCAAAAUGGGGAGACCUGAUGCUUGAAGCAGCUGCAAAGUUCGGCGCCCCUCUGGAUAGUUGUACCAGUUGGCCGCGUGAUCCCAAGUACAAAGAGAUGGGUCUAUGGAACUAUGAAAAUCUCGGUAAUGGAGCUUCAGGUCUGAGUCUUGCCCUGUUCACUCGAGCUUUGGGCUGGACUCCAGAAGAGGUCGAGGUGUUUUUGGUAGAUGUAAGGAAGGAUAUGAAGAAUAAGAACAUACAUGGCUGGUGGCCUAUCCAUGUUGUUUAUGGACGGAAGCCAUGA